CAGGUGUUAGAGUCUCAGGUGAGCUGUAUCUCCAGGGAAGUGGAGUUACAGCUCACUGGAAACUUAAUAUUUUAGAAAAAGCACAAAAAUAUGACAAUCAUUAUAUUCUCUUCCUUAGCACUAGGCCUUAGAAAUUUUCAGGCUUUCUUUUCAUCCACAAAAACUUGAAAUUGGACGCCUCAAUGCCCAUUAUCCCUGAGUCCACUUAUUCAUCAGUGUUGUAAGGAGUUUCCUUUAAUGUGUGCACAUCCUUUGUAUUAUGAAACCUAUUUUAAAGAAUGGAAAACCCAUACAAGAAGCAUUCAAACACAAACUAAACAUAUGUUUGUGUGGGAUUUCCAUGAGGUCACAAAGGUCAGUGCAUGAAUGAGUAUUCACCCAGGCAACAGCCAGUUUCAUUUAUUGAGGCCAGUGAAGGGGGAGCACCUCACUCACCACCCAGCGCUAUCAUCUUACCUUUAGCUCUGAGACUUUGUUUUGUUGCCCUCGUUUUGCAGGUAUGCAUGGGUUUUCACACUUCAUAUGAAUGUUUACAUAUUCAGGGUUGUGUGUGUGUGUGUAUGUGUGUGUGUGGUAUGUCUCACAGCCAGACUGAUAUUGGGGAUUAACUCUGUCUCUUGUAUGAAGAAACCUUUACCUGAUGUGUUUUGUUUGUGUUCUCUGUGCGUGAGCUACCAAAGGCUCAGGUGUAACACAUUCAAUCCUCGACUCAAAGGGUGUUGGGUUUCCAGCAGCAGGGUCUGGCUGGCCUCCUCCAGCUACAGUUACCAGGUUACUCUCAUCACUAAUUCAUCUUCAACCUAAAGCUCCGGCUGGUUGGUUGGUUGGUUUGGUGGUUGGUCAGCUAAGAAGAAGGGGGAAGGUUUCUCUUUUUGCCUGAGCAGUGACCCACCAGGGCUCCUUACAGAAGCCUGUACCUGAGCCGAGGCCUGAUGCAGAACGGGGAGGCUAUGAGCCCGCAGGACUCGGAGGCAGCAGGGGCAGAAGCCAUGGAGGACCAGAAGGCUAAGAUCCUUGCGUGUGUCGAACCCACAGCGCCUCCUCUUCCUCCUCCUCCUUCACCGCCGCCACCAGGGCCACCAGAAUACCCGAGACCCAGACUCAUCUUCCACACCCAGCUGGCUCAUGGGAGCCCCACAGGUCGCAUCCACGGAUUCACCAACGUCAAGGAGCUGUACGCCAAGAUCGCUGAAGUGUUCAACAUCUCCCCCUCAGAGAUCCUCUUCUGCACCCUUAACUCCCAUAAAGUGGACAUGCAGAAGCUCCUGGGGGGUCAGAUCGGACUGGAGGACUUCAUCUUCGCUCACGUCCGGGGAGAAACCAAAGAGGUGGAGGUGACAAAGACGGAGGACGCGCUGGGCCUCACUAUCACGGACAACGGAGCUGGAUACGCCUUCAUCAAGAGGAUAAAGGAAAGCAGCACCAUCGACCGGCUGAAGACGGUUUGUGUUGGAGAUCACAUCGAGGCCAUCAACGAUCAGAGCAUCGUCGGCUGUCGACACUACGAGGUGGCUAAGAUGCUGAAAGAGCAGCCGAGAGGGAUUCCCUUCACUCUGCGCCUGGUGGGGCCCAAGAAGGCCUUCGACAUGAUCGGAAUGAGGACCAGAGCGCCAAAAUCUAAUGAGGGCAAGAUGGUGAACGGGAGGGAGACGCUUCGUCUGCGCUCCAAGGGCGCUGCUACGGUUCAGGAAGUGCAGAAUGAGUUUGAGGAGCAGGCCACGAGGAAGGUGGACGACCUGUUGGAGAGCUACAUGGGAAUUAGAGAUCUGGAGCUGGCGACCACCAUUGUUGAAGCCGGCAAAGACAAGAAGAACCCAGAUGACUUUGCGGAGGCCUUGGACUCGGUUCUGGGAGAUUUUGCCUUCCCUGACGUGUUUCUGUUUGAUGUAUGGGGAGCUAUUGGGGACAUCAAGAAUGGGAGAGUGUAGGCGUCAAACAUAUACACACACCACAAUCACAUCCUUUAUGAAGAUAGAGCUCACCAGAAAGAAUUUGGUUUUAAGCUGCAUUCUCAAUCACCUCAUUUAAAACCCUGAUCAGGACUGCAGCUACAACAAUUUCCCCACAAAACACAAACAGGAAGUGAUGGUGGCCUAAAAGGUGCAGGCUCUACACCGGACAUACUUUUCUGCACACUUCAGAGAUGAUGCAAACUCAAAAACACAAACAAAACAACAGAAGCAUGCUGCAGAGAAGUAAAUGAAAGAUGCAUUCAAUUCAUAAAUGAUGCAAAAUUAGAAUCCAUGAUAAAAACAAUAAUCUGUGUUUAAUAAAUGGAUUCAUCUUUAAAGUUGCAGCCCUGUUUCCCCUCAUGAAAAGGUUUCAGCUGCUGUAGUGUGUUUACACUUUCAGGCCCCUGCACAUUCAGGGUGGAGCAUCACAUGAAGGUAUGUUUUCAGUUUUGCUUUAAAGUGUUAGGAACAUCAACGCAAAGCUAUCAGUCAGACAUCUUGGAAUCAAGGAAGUUGAAUAAACUCGAGUAAACCUUUGUUCUCUGAUGAAGUCCCACUGGGGGAAACAGGAAGGGGGCAAAUAAGGGACAUCUCUGGGUCAUCUCAAAGUCAGAGUGCGUCAUUGCACUCAGCUUUUAGUUAUGCUCUUCGUACGCUCAAGAUCUGCGUGUGAUUCUCAAGUUUUGCAGGCAGAUUUUGAGAGAACAAGUUAACCAACUGGCCUUCAACAACUCCUUAACUUGCAAAAAAAGAAGUUGAAUAUGUCAAAAACAAACAAUCCCAAGCUGAAAUGUUCUACUUUCUGAGCUCCAAUCUCCCACAAGAUCAUUACUGUCAAACACAAACCACAGCCAUGAUGCUUCUGCAGACCUCACAUUAAUUCACAGAGUCAGUCGUGGUUUGUUUCAGCGUGUAAAUACAGCAGAGGAAGUUGUGCUGCUCUUUCUGUCUGUUGCUGUACCAGAGUGCAUUCAAAUACUCCAAAUUUAAAAAUGUGCUUCAUCUCCACAUCUCCACAUCUCCACAUCUCCACAUCUCCACAUCUCCACAUCUCCACAUCUCCACAUCUCCUGUCUGAAAGUGAUGUUUUGUUUUCAACACUUUGUAUAUGAUUGCUCCUCUUGUUGAUUUUAGAAGUAAAAAAGUUGGAAAUAAAAACGUCAGACUUGUUUCUG